AUGGCUUCAACUUUAGUGGAUGCGGUCCUCCCAUCUCAACUAUUACAUUAUUUGCCUACUUACCAGGUUCUGAUCUGUCUACGUUGCCGCUACGCCAUCCAGCCUGGCGCAGUCGUGCGCCAUCUCAAGGAAAUCCAUCACGUUCAUCGUUCAGCUCGUCAAGCCUUUGUUAAAUAUGCCUCCGAAUUUGAGCUGGCCGAGCCUAAUGAUGUUGUCUUGCCCAACGAAGCCCAAUUUCCAGUGCCUUUACUGCCAGUCCAAGACGGAAUAGCCUGUUGUUUUAAAGGUUGCGCUCAUCUUUGUGUCACCACCAAGCGUAUGAAGCAGCACUGGAGGCUUGUGCACCGUACAUCGGCCUUAGAGGGGAGCAGUUUCUGGAAACCCGUACCGUUGCAGACCUUCUUCCGGGGAAAUGCCCUCCAGUACUUUACCAACCCAGCAUUGCUAGUUUCAUCGCCAGGGUCAGGAUCUGACGGUUCUGAUGGGCUGAUGAGUGAUGGAUUUCCUGGUACAGUGAGUGACAAGGCUGCUCAUGCACUGUUAACAACUCUUACUAAUUUCUACUUUUCAUUCCCCCCCAAGACUGUUACAGCCCCCGCUGUAAGCGAAACUCGCAUAGAAUCAAGUCUUUCAUGGGGCCACCAUCAAUCGUUGAUCGUGAGCGACGAAGGCCUGCUCGAUCAUUAUCGAGCCUACACGUAUAAGACCCUCUCAUGCAACCCCGAGACAGAAGACGCAUUUGGGGUCAUUGUUCUAGAGCUGGCCUCCCGAUUUCCCUUCUUACUUCACGGCGUCCUCGCCUGUUCUGCCCUGCACCUCGCUUCCACUAAUCCCAGCAAUCGAACAUCUUACAUAACCCAGUCAAUUCGACACCAAGAUCAAGCAAUUCCUGCAUUUCGAUAUGCAACCAUGCAUGUGGACAGUGAUAAUUGCGAGGCAGUGCUGGCUUUUGCAUUCUUCCUUGUCAUCUGUGCCCUAAGCUCCGCCUCCGAGGAUUCAAGAUUGUUUCUAACGGAUGAUAAUGACCAAUUACAUUGGAUCUAUAUCCUCCGCAACGGCUGCUCCAUGCUCUGCCCUGUCUGGGCUCAACUCACUAGUGGUCCAUUGGCUCCUUUUGCCGCCCUUUGGCGGGACGACCUGGGCGUCACAGCUGAUCCUAAUGACCCACUUCUGGUGACUUUACUACGUGUGUUCCCAGAGCACGAACCCGACUAUCCUAUCUAUCAAGAUUCCGCGGUGAAAUUAACAGAGGCGUUUGAGUUUAUCCAGCAAUGCGGGCCUUCGUCGACUAUCUGGGAUGCCCUUAAUUCGUGGCCUAUGCGAGUUAUGCCCGAGUAUCUGGCCCUAUUGAAACAGAAUCGUUCAAGCGCUUUACUACUCUUGGCCUACUAUGCUAUCCUUCUGCGUUCAGUUCGUGGAGAAUGGUUCCUAGAAGGUCGGGACUGGAAGUUAAUGGACGAGAUUGCGCAACGGUUAAAGGGGAAUUGCUCACCACAGAUCUGGGACUUGUUUGUUGAGAUUCAGCAGAAGUACUUUUCUGAAACCCCUAAUGUAAUUGCUCAACCAUAG